GCAUGGGCGAAUUAAAGUAAAGACUACUCUGGAACAGCAGGAGGCGAAACGUAAAGAGAGAGAGAAGAAGCUGCAGCUGUAUGUGAGUGCCACUCAGGCUGCAUUGAACAAGCGUGAAGUUGGGCAGCUGGAUAAAGAAGCACUCGAACUAACAGCUCAAAUAUUGGCAUUAAACCCAGACUUUGCUUCCCUAUGGAACUUGAGACGAGAAGUAUAUCUUGCACUUGGCACUGAAAGGUCAGAAGAGGAGAUACGCACUCUUUAUGUGGGAGAGCUGUCCUUCCUAGAGAGCUGUUUACGGGUAAACCCCAAGUCUUAUGGGACAUGGUAUCAUCGAUGUUGGGUAAUGCAACAUAUGCCAGAGCCAGACUGGUCAAGGGAACUACAACUCUGUAAUCGUUUUUUGGAGAUCGAUGAAAGGAACUUUCAUUGCUGGGAUUACAGAAGAUUUGUAACUCAAUCAUCACAUGUCCCUGAUGCUGAUGAACUUGAUUUAACCAGUAGUCUUAUCACCAAAAAUUUCUCCAACUACUCCUCCCUGGCAUUACCGCAGCAAACUGCUCCCCAGGAUUCACCCUGACCCAGAACGACAUGGCAGACUGACAGAAGAGACCUUGCUUUCUGAACUGGAGCUUGUACAAAAUGCCUUCUUCACUGAUCCAAAUGACCAGAGUGCCUGGUUUUACUAUCGCUGGCUUCUUGGAAGAGGUGAUCAUCCGCUUUCCAUUCGAUGUAUCUUAGCUGAUAUGGAAGUACCUUUUGUAACUGUCACUUUUUCUCAUCCAGUCCUUGUGGGGAGUGAUCUGAUACUGUUUAUUGAUGAGAGACCAGUCAUGGUCACCUGGAAAACUCCUGAAGGCAAACAAAAACCAAGUUUAGUCUGGGUCUGUGAUGUCCCCAAGGAUCAUUUAAGCGGCCAUUGUCAGCAUAACAUCAAGGUCAUCUGGAAAGAUGGUGAAACAAAGAAGGAGUGUACCUCAUAUCCAGGAAAACGGGUCACAUGGUUUAGAGAUUCUGUAACAGAAGAAAACAUUUUCAGCUUGGAGCUCUCUGAAGGGAAGAGCAGUGUCCUGCAGCAAGAGUUACAAUCCUGCAAGGAACUCCAGGAACUGGAACCUGAUAACAAGUGGUGCCUUCUAACUAUAAUUCUACUGAUGAGAGCUCUUGAUCCAUUGCUUUAUGAAGUAGAGACUCUCCAUUAUUUUGACACACUGAAGGCUGUGGACCCAAUGCGCUCUGGUUACUAUGAUGACCUUCGCAGCAAGUUCCAGAUGGAAAAUGCCAUAUUAAAAAUGGAGUAUGCGGAGUCCAAUUUGAUUAUUGUUCUAGAUAAGAAGCUAACAAGAUUAUGCCACCUAGACCAUUUGGUAUUAAUCAGUCACAUGUGUCUGUCAAACAAUCAGCUUCGCUCCCUUCCCAGAGACAUUUCCAUGCUGCUAAGUAUUGAGGUGCUUGAAGUUGAUAAUAAUGAGGUUUCACAUCUGGAAGGAGUGUGUGAACUUACCACAUCUAGAGGAAUUGUCCCUAAAAUGCAAUAAAAUAUCAAAAGUUUCAGAUCUCCAACCAUUGGUCAGCUGUCCUCGCCUCUCAGUACUACGUUUACAAGGAAACCCCCUGUGUGAAAUUGCAGAUGUGCAAGAUCAGUUGAAGGCUUAUCUUCCACAGGUGGAAUCUAUCGAGAUUUGA